AUUUAAUAUUCUUUUUCUGAAUUUAUAUUAGCGAAGAAUGGAAGAUUUAUGUCUUGUUAAAAAGACUGAAGGAGAAAUUCCUCAUUCCCAGGUAACUGAAAAGAUUAUGCCCAAUUCUGAGAUUGACGGUUCUUCGUCUUCUGGUUCUCGUCCAAAUAAUUGCCUAGAACCUUCAGAAAAUACAGAUAGGUAUCUGGAUGGUGCACAGCCAUUGGAACGUCAAAAUGCUCAGCCAGCCAUUCCUGGAAUAGAUUCGAACCCCACUCAAUCAGACAAGGAGAACAGUGAUAAUGAUGCUGAAUCAACAGUUGACUGGUUGAAUUACCUUAAUCUUGCAUCAUCGGAAGAUGAUUCUGAAACUUGUCAUCCUUGUAGUGAAUCCAUGGUGGAUAGAUCAUUGUCUUUCUCCUCACAUCCUGAUGCCGUAGAUAAGUUUCUCAGUGACAGCGUUGUUAAGGAGCAUUCACAGAUUUGUGCAGAAUUAAAGGGAAAAAGUGAAGAUAUUGAUCGUGUUAAAGAGGCUCAAGUGGCAUGUCCAUAUUCCCAAGGCCAAGAGAGUGAAGAAAUUAUGUCCAAUUCUAAAAUUGAUAGUUCCAGGUGUCCUGGUUCUCAUCCAAAUCAUUGCCAAGUGCUUUCAGUUUCAGAAUAUACAAAUACACCAUUGCUUUCGGAUGGUGCAGAGGCAUUGGAACGUGGAAAUGCUCAAUCAGAAGGUUCAAAGAAGAUGUCCAGUUCUGGGGCCAACAGGGAAACAGGUGAGAAUGAAAAUGAGAAUGAUGUUUCCAGCAUUCCUUCUGAAGGGAAAUUAAAUAUCCAAGAUAUAAAUGCUGCUGAAAACUUUAGUGACAGUGCUGGGGCAAAUCUUCUUCUGCGUUUUGAUAACAUACUGUGGUCAGCCUCCAGUGCCACAAAUUCUGUCACCAGCAGCCUAGAGGAGGAAUCCCAGUUGAGCAGUAAAAUCAGUUCAUUGCUGAAAGGGGACAACAAAGAAUUGGACCAGAUGUUAAAGACUGGUUCAGGAACGGAAUUUUCCUCAGAAAAAUUAAAGGACCAGCUGCUUCAGAAGCAUCUGAAAGAGAAGUUGCGUGUAUGGAUCUUACAGAAGACAGCUGAAGGUGGUGAUGGCCCUAGGAUAUUGGAUGAGGGUGGACAAGGUGUUCUACAUUUGGCAGCUGCGCUUGGCUAUGAUUGGGCUCUGGAGCCUACUAUAUAUGCUUGUGAAAGUGUUGAUUUCCGUGAUGUGAAUGGAUGGACUGCACUUCACUGGGCAGCGUUUUUUGGCAGAGAGAAGACGGUGGCUACCCUCAUUUCAUUGGCUGCAGAUCCUGGAGCAUUAACAGAGCGAUCACCUUCACGCCUUACACCUGCCGAUCUGGCCUCUGCCAUGGGACAUAAAAGAAUUGUUGAAUACCUUGGAAAAAGACCUUUGGGUGUCUUUAGCUACAGCUUCGGAAUUUCAGCGAAGGAGAGCUGAAUUUUUGCGAAGGGCAGCUGAAUUUUUGCCAAGGGAAGCUGAAUGUAUGGAAAGUGAAGCUGAAUUUUUGCGAAAGGAAGCUGAAUUUUUGCGAAGGGAAGCUGAAUUUUUGCGAAAGGAAGCUGAAUUGACACCAGGGGAAGCUAGAUCUAUGGAAAUGGAAGUUGGAUAUUCGCAAAUCGAAGCUGACUUUAUGCGAAGGGAAGCUGAAUUUGAGACUUUUCUGAAAGCCCAAAGCCUGGGUAAGAAAAUGAAAGAGGAUGAAGAAGAGGACGAGGGGCCAGACGACGAAGGGCCGGAGGGCGGAGGGCCGGAGAAGGACGAGGG